GUCGGAAAGAGCGAGCUCUCGACCAAAAAUCAGUCGGUGUUGAAUUUUCGAGGAGUCUGUGUCGAACAAAACUCAAAAUUCUUCAUGAUCCAGGGUCGGAACUCUAAAAAUUCGAUUGUGGAAGACUUGCAUCUGACUUUGAGUCACUUAUUAUGUCAUUUAAUCCCCGUCUUAAUAUUGGAAUGACCGGUAGUCGGGUGUGAUUGUGGUGGUGAGAGUGAGGGUGGAAUUAUAAUGUAUAUUUGAGCUGAAAAGUGAAGUGAAACUGCAAAAUGGCGGACCUGGAAGCUGUAUUAGCUGAUGUCAGCUAUCUUAUGGCCAUGGAAAAAAGCAAGUGCACCCCGGCUGCGAGGGCUAGUAAGAAGAUUGUCCUGCCGGAUCCCAGCGUUCGGAGUGUCAUGCACAAGUACCUGGAAAAGAAGAAUGAAGUAAAUUUCGACAAAAUCUUUCAUCAGACAUUAGGUUAUUUACUCUUCAAGGAUUUUUGUGAAAAUGUGUCGGAAGAACCUGUUCCCCAAUUACGAUUUUAUGAAGAGAUAAAAUCCUUUGAAAAACUGGAAUGUAACGAGGAAAGAUUGAAGUGUGCAAAGGAUAUUUACGACAAUUUUAUUAUGAAAGAACUUCUGUCUCGGUCACAUGACUAUUCAAAGGAAUGCCUGCAGCACGUUCAAAAGCAUCUCACGAAAAAUGAGGUACCAGUCACUCUGUUUGAGCCUUAUAUAGAAGAAAUUUAUACUACCCUAAGAGAUGAGCCAUUUAAAAAAUUUUUAGAAAGUGAAAAGUAUACUAGGUUUUGUCAGUGGAAGAAUUUAGAAUUAAAUAUUCAAUUAACAAUGAACGACUUCAGCGUGCACAGGAUAAUAGGGAGAGGCGGCUUCGGCGAAGUUUACGGUUGUCGGAAAGCGGACACGGGCAAAAUGUACGCCAUGAAAUGUCUCGAUAAGAAACGGAUCAAGAUGAAGCAAGGUGAAACGUUAGCCCUAAACGAGAGAAUUAUGUUGUCGUUGGUCAGUACAGGGCAGGACUGCCCAUUUAUCGUUUGUAUGACGUACGCGUUUCAUACGCCGGAUAAACUCUGUUUCAUUCUGGAUCUGAUGAACGGAGGUGAUCUUCACUAUCAUCUAAGUCAACACGGAGUUUUCAACGAGUCUGAGAUGAAGUUUUAUGCUGCAGAGGUUAUUUUAGGAUUAGAACAUAUGCAUAGGAGAUAUAUUGUAUAUAGAGAUUUAAAACCUGCAAAUAUAUUAUUAGACGAACAUGGACAUGUUCGAAUAUCCGAUUUAGGAUUAGCCUGUGAUUUUUCCAAGAAAAAACCCCAUGCUAGUGUAGGAACACAUGGUUAUAUGGCACCAGAAGUAUUAUCAAAGGGAACUCCUUACGAUUCUAGUGCGGACUGGUUCAGUUUUGGUUGUAUGUUAUACAAAUUACUCAAAGGGCACUCACCAUUCCGUCAGCACAAAACCAAAGAUAAACAUGAGAUAGAUAGGAUGACACUAACUAUGAAUGUAGAACUACCAGAUUCAUUUAGCAAAGAAUUGAAGUCACUUUUAGAAAGUUUACUCCAAAGGGACAUAGAUAAAAGACUGGGAUGCAAAGGAAAUGGAUCGGAAGAAGUGAAAGAACAUCCAUUUUUCGCUGGUAUAGAUUGGCAACAAGUUUACUUACAAAAAUACACUCCUCCUCUGAUUCCACCCAGAGGGGAAGUGAACGCAGCCGACGCCUUCGACAUCGGUUCUUUUGAUGAAGAAGACACCAAAGGCAUCAAAUUGACCGACGCCGAUCAAGAGCUGUACAAAAAUUUCCCACUUGUGAUAUCUGAACGAUGGCAGAAUGAAGUAGCAGAAACAGUAUUUGAAACAGUCAAUUUUGAGGCUGAUAAGCAAGAGCACAAGAAGAAGGCAAAACAGAAGAAGCUCUACGAUUUAGAUGAAAAAGAAACAGACUGCAUUUUACACGGGUACGUUAAGAAAUUAGGAGGACCAUGGACGUCCAGCUGGCAGAUGAGGUACGCCAAAUUGUACCCCAAUAGGUUAGAACUUCAUCCGGACUCAGCAAAGCCGGAGUUAGUAUUUAUGGACCAGAUCGAAGAAGUUAGUCCCGAUUUGGUGCAAGUCAAAAAUGAAAACUGCAUUGUAAUCAGGCUGCGUGAUGGAAAAGUAGUUCUUACAAAUCCCGACGAAAUAGGCCUAAAAGAAUGGCUCACAUCACUGAAAUCAGCGCACAAACUGUCACAGGAGUUGCUGGGUUCGAUGGCGAAGAAGGCGGGCAAGAUCUACGGCACUGACAGCAACAACAGGAACGCCAUCAUAACAGCGCGCAAUACAAACGGCAACUAACAACAAAUUUCAAUAAACAAAAAUGAAAACAAAUCUUUCACUCCGAUUAGAUGUAACAAACGAUCGGGCUAUAUAGGAUUGAACCUAGAAGAUAAAACACCGACGACACAGUUCUACUAGGCACUAUAUCGUUUUUGCGUGAUAGAAAGAUCCGUUUUUAAUAGAAAGGGGAUGAAACAUGACAAUUUUUGAAACAUAAUUUGAUGUAUUUCGUUAAACGUAUUUAUAUUAUUAUUUAUGCAUUUUCUUCUUAGGGACUUCUGCUUAUGAAUGAGAGUAUGAACGGAUGUGUACGAUAGUUUGAUUACGAUGUAUAUUGUUUGAAAGAAAAGCUGUUCUGUAGGUAAUAGCCGUAAAAGCUCCGCUGACUGGACUAUUUUUUAUAGAUACAUGUUAAACGUAUCUAUGUUUUCUUGAUACGCUCACUAACUACAUAUUUAUAUAGUUUACAGCCAGUUUAUAUAUCCCUGGAAACGAAGCCAGGAAAAGAAACCAAGAAAAACACUUGAAAAAUCGAAAAAUUACUGACCGCUUUUUUUCAACUGGAAAAUCUGGAGGAAAUCGAUAGAAAAGGCGUGGGUAUCGAAUUUUUUUCUGUGUCAUGGUUUUUUAUUAACAUUUAAGCAAAAAUAAACUUCUUUCAUACAUUUCAAUUUUCAAUGUCGUUAAACAAUUAACCAUUCUAGAUGAAAACGUUCAAAUCUCUAAGCAUUAUUUUUUGGCCUCAUUCGACGAAAAGACUCAGAUACAAAGUUUACUGUAAUAAAACAAUUAAAAAUAAUUGAAAUAAAAUAUUAAACAAUAUUUUAAAUCUAAGACUUUUCGUCAAAAAAAAUCACUUAUAAACAAUUGAAUUAUCUGCGCCGUUUUUAGUGAUGUGAGUCGAGAAUAUUUCCAAGCGAAUAUUCGCGAACAUUGGAAAGUUUCCGAGAGUAUUCGCAUAUAAAAAAUGGAAAUAUUCUCCAGGCCACGAAUAUUCCCGGAAACUUUCAAUGGAAAAUUCUUGAGAGUAUUUCCGAGAAAUACUCUCGAGAAUAAUAUACAAGUGGGAUCUGUUAAAUCGCAUACAGCUGAAUCAUGUUCCUGUCCGCACUUGCUACAUCUUUUCUUACCUCGACAUUGUGACGUAUCAUGGCCGUAUCUUAUGCAAUUAAGGCAUUGUAUUACUCUUGGAACAUAAGGUUCCACUUGGUAUAUCAUUCGUUCAAUGAUUACGUGUUUUGGAAUCAUUUGGCCUCUGAAAGGCACCACUAUCGUACCCGUCUCCACCAGUUGAUCAUUUUCUUUUCGCUUUAUUCUUUUAACGUUUAUUACUUUAAAAUUGCCGUAUCUUGGAACAAUAAUACCUUUUAAUUCGUUUUCUGAAAUAUUUUUGUCUAUCCCUUUAAUUACCCCACUCUUUUGAGUAAAAAAAAUUGGAAUAUGUAAAUCGUAAUUUCUUUCUAUUAACUUUUUGCAUUCCACUAAAAUAUUAGCGCUUUUAUAUGUGUUAUAUUCAAUUUUAAUUUUAUUUUUUCCUAUAGAAUAGGAAAAUAGAGAAGUUUCAAGAAUGUGUCCGCGAACUUUCCAUAAUAUUUCCGAGAAUUUUUGAGAAUAUAUCCAAGAGCCUUUUGGGCAUAGCUAUACUAAAAUCACAAUAAAGAUGUACUAUAAAUAAGCAAACCAAGACAAGUUGAAUGUUACGAGGAGUACUCCCGAAUCAUGAAUUACAAUGUAUAAACUAUGCAAAUCAUGAUUUGGGAUUUACAAUGUAUAAACAUUGUAAAUCAUGAUUUGGGAGUGCUCCUCGAACAUUCAAUGUGUCUUGGUUUGUUCAUUUCUAGUGCAUAUUUAUUAUGAUUGUAGAAUAGGUAUAAUGCAUGGGAAUAUUUCAAAAAGAAAUAGUAAUUAAAAAGAAAAAAGAAUGUGUGUGUACUUUGUACGCACGUAAGAAGUUAUACUUCUAUUAUAUGAUUUCAGCGAAAUAAAAUACUUUUAACAGUUUACUUUUAUCUUAUUAAAUAUUAAACUGAUUUUAACAGUUACUUGCCACUUUCCAAAAAUCCAAAAAUUCAAAAAAAAACAGCAAAUGUCCGCAUUUGAACCCGGGACCUCUCGAUAUGUAGUCGAAUGCUGUACCAAUGAGGCUACGAAGGCAUUGUUUUGACGGUUUCUCGAACAUUAUGACAAACCACGGUAACAAAUAGACGAAGUCAAUUAUUAAAUAAAAAUGUUUUAAUAAUACGUAUUACCUUACUCCAAAGGAAGACAAAUCCAAAGACACAAAAAUUAUAAUAAAUAUAUUUACUAAAAACACUAAUAUAUUUUUUCCACGCCUUUUUUGGACUGAUACAUGUAAUUUAAAAUAUUUAGUAACAAACAACAUACUAUCUCUGUGCGCAUGCGCGCAGAAUAAUAAAAAUUCACUCCCUAUCGCGCCUAAAGAAGUAUAACUUCAAAAAAAAAAAAAUCACAACUACAAAAUAAAGUUUCGAUACCCACGAGAUUGUGCCCCUUUUCUAUUGACUUCCUCCAGAUAUUCCAGUUGAAAAAUCGCAGCCAGUAAUUUUUCGAUUUUAAUAACUUCGUUUCCGGGGAAAUAACAAAUAUUUAGUUAUGUUGACAUGUUUUUUAUUUAUACUAUGUAUUUUUUUGAUACAUAAAGCAUUUAAAAUAAGGACAUGUCUCGAGAACAAGCAGACUAAUAGGUGUGUGCGUCAAACAAUCACUCAAAUGGUGCAGGAAUAAGAAAGAGAAAGAGAUUUAUUUUUUAUAUCAAAAUAGCUAUAGUAAACGUGUCAAAUUGUAGACGAAUUGUCAAUUUUUAUGUCAUAGUUUUUAACAUUUAUUGUGGUUACCAAUUGGCGAAUUAUGAACCUUUCGGUUGUACAGUAAGCGCCACGCUAGUAGACACAUUUUGUGUCUACCUAAUUUCUAGGUUUGUGCUAAUCCGGCCCGUUACCUGUGACUUUCAUGUCUAUCAUGUCACAUCACUGGUGUCACUGUCAUGAAACUAUUCCAAGUAAUUGUUGUAAUUGUUAAAUGUAAAGAAUUUAUAGCAUCCAAAAAAUAAGAGUUAAUCCAUAUCGAUUUAAUUUUUAAAAGUCUUAAGCAAAUAUUAUUUACAUGCAUUGUUUGGAUUUCGUAAAUGGGUGACAUUGGUUUUGUAAUCUAGGCCACGCAUUUUGAAAGCACCGAAGUCAGCAAUUAUACUGCUAUUAGUAGUUCACGGUUACAUUCAAGUAUGGUCAAGCAUUCAUAACAAACAAUUGCGAUUUAUUUAUAGAUACGUAGAAAGUAAAAAAAGAGAUUAUUCAUUAUUCAGAAACCGAGGUGGUUAGAGUAGAGACGUUAUCCAUCCCUUACACCAACUAGUUACUGUCGUACAUGGUGACUUAAAUAAAUAUAUUCCGGUAAUUAGUGUUUCAACUUAAUCAACCCCAUCAUCGGGGGUUGCAACCCCCGUACCACCAUAAUCCUUACAAAAAAUACAAUAAUUAUAGUACAUUGUGUACCUAGUAGGAAAAGCUUAACAUUCCCGGACGAUGUAAAGAUUGCCGUCGAGGCGCAAGCCGAGACAAGGCAAUACAGAGUCCGGGAAUGUGGCUUUUCCUACAAGGUAUAUGUACAUACUAUUUUUCUGAAAAUCGAACAUUUAAAUUAUAAUAAAAUAAACAUGUAAAAAUUCUCAAAUAGACAUAUUAUUUUGACUCAAAUAUUCGUGACGCCACCAAAUACAGGUUUUGUAACUUUUGUUACUAUAGAAACAAAUAUAUUGAAUUGUCAAAUUUGACGCAUUUGCUUAUUUUUGGCAGUAUUUUUGGGGUUUUCUGUGAUUGUAAUUAUUUUAAAAAGCAAAAUUACCUAAUUUAAUCAUGAGUGAUGAUGAGUGUUCGAUUCCUGGUACCCCUCCAGAACUGAUGGAAGUAGUGAAUAUUGAUUCAUUAGAUUUAUUGCCAACAAAAUCCAGUGACAAAUAUAACUAUUCAUACAACCGUUUCAUGGACUAUCGUAAGAACAAAAAUACAAGUUCUUUCUCAGAAAAUGUUGUAAUGGCAUACUUCUUGGAGCUUGGUUCCAAGAUGAAAUCUUCAACUUUGUGGGCGAACUAUUCAAUGUUGAUGGCAACGCUUGCAAUUAGACAUAUGAUGUGGAUAUAUAAGGAAAAAAUAUUUCCUUACAGUAAGGAAAUAACAUUUCCGUACAGCUAUUUUUCGUUUCCAGGCAACUGCUAAGUAUAAGGAAAUAUCGAACGUUUCAUUCAAAAAUGUUGUCAAAAAUGUCUAAAUUUCGGCCCGAUUUUCGGAAAAUAAUAUUGUUACUCUGCUUUAAAUAGUAUAUUGUGCAACAAGUGCAGAAAGGUAGUAAUUUCUCACGAGUUUGAAAAGUUGCGGUACGAGCGCAAGGCGCAAGCGAGUGCCGCAAUUCAGACGAGUGAGAAAUUACCUUUGUGCACGUGUUGCACACUAUACUUUUUCUAUAACCACAGUUUUUGCUAAAAAUAAAAAUCACAAUUUCCAAACGAAGAUUUUAACCUGUAUUUAAUUAAUACAAAUCAAUUUAAAUUCCUUAUACCUAAACAAAUUACACAGAAAUCAGUUAACAAAUUAAUGCACUGACUUAAUUUGUUUGAAUUUAAACUAUUUUAAAUAAUUGUUACAAAAUAAUGUCACAUUUGACGUUAUAUUUACGCAGUCACGGAUUUACACCAUACCUACUUCAUUCGACGUAUCUUGCUGAGGUUGCUAAAUCCUUAUUGGUUAAUUGAUAAUUAUAAAAUAUUUAUUAAGAAUAAAAUUGUAAAAUAAAACAGUUGUAACAUACAUAAUUUAAUUUCUAUUCGAUAAUUAAGUAUAAUAAUUGUCUUACAGGUUGUAUAUUUGUCUACACUUUAACCAACAGAUGUAAGCAGAAGAUAUAAUGUUACUCAGAAUGAACUAGUCAUUUGUAAAAUACCAAAUGUGUUCAAAAAUAAUGUGUUAAAGUAACGAAUUUUGCAGAUUUCUCGGACAUAAGUUAAAUCGGUUCUUUUUUGAAAAGCUCUAUCAAAUAUAAUAUCUUAAAUAAAACCGUUUCAUCUCAACAUGGUAUAAUUAUAUUUAUGAUUUUAUUGUGGAAUGUAAUGGUACUGUGAUAUUUUCUCACAGUAUAAGAUUUAUGACAUUAGUGUGCAGACAAGUGACGUUUCUGUGCUGGAAAGUUCUUUUCUGUACAGAAACGUCACUUUUCUGCACACUAAUGUCAUAAAUCUUAUACUGUGAGAAAAUAUCAACUUUGUUAAUAUAAAACUGUGCAGAAAAGUGCACUUUGAAUAGUGGUCGUAGAAAAAAAAUUUUAUUCAAACACCAACAAUACUACAAUACUUUAUAACGUUUACAACUUUAACACAGUGACAACUAUUUUCAAAUAUUACAUAACUUCAAAAACAACUGUUCUAUAAACUGUCAACUUUCUAUGUUUACUGGUUUCUAUACAUUUUCUGGCGUUCUAGACGUCACUAGACAUAAAAGUAAACAGUGCAACAAGUGAAGGGUCUAGGACUGUAUUAGCUCAAUGUACCCAUGUGUCUAGUAGCGUAGCAGUUACUGUGUUAUAUCUUAUAAACUGAUAUAAUAUGUACGUUGUUUAAUAUGUAAGUUACGGGGUAAAGACAAGCUAAAAUAUAGAUAGUUUAAAAGGUAGAUAAAUUAAUAUCAUAUUAACAUUUUUACCAUAAUCAUCAUCGUUUUCGUAAUUGUUAUAGUGCGUGUUAGUGGUAAAAUGUUAAGUAAUGUACAGGGUGUUAAGUUUGUUAAUCUAAAUAACAAUAAAAAUGUCUGUUACGACUUUAUAGCAUCAUUUGGUUUCUUAUUUAGUUUGUGAGAGUCAAACACAUCCUAAAACUCGUGUUUGUGUUUCGGGAUGCAUUUUUUUAAUACAUGACUGUCUCUUUUUUAUAACAAUUCAUCUUCUUCUUCUUUUGGCAUCUUAACCCUGGAUGGGGCUUUGCCUGUCUAGCUAUAUCCUUUCAUUCAAACCCCCCUUGUGCCCUUCUUCACCAUUGUCUUCCUCCUCCUAAGUGCCUUCUCUAUUGAGGUUGCAGUGACUUCGCGCUAGCAUGGCUGGACAGCUACUGAACGGAAGAACGCCACGAUGCUGAGAUGGCCGCGCUAGCCCCACCCCUAGCGGCUACAGAUCAUAUCGAAAUUUCUGGAUAGCCCUCGUAUUUGUUAAGUACACCUAGAUUACGAAUAUCUUCCAGCAUUUCAUUUCUUUUCACACUAUCAAAGGUGUUAGUUUGGAGACAAAUAUAGUGACUCCAAGACAUAAAUAGUGACAGAGUGUGACUCCAAGAACCAAACUAAAACAAUCCAAUUGGGAAGUGGUAGGUUGCCUACUCUAAAGGACCCCUACAAAGCACUUCUUCUUAAAGUGCCCCUCCUCAGGUCGUUGGCUACUACCGUUACAAUUGCUUGGCCUUCUCAGCUGUUCUUAUUAGCUGUUCAAAAUUCAGCCCUGUCGGAUGUUUCUUAGCCACGAUAGUCUUUUCUUUCCCAGUCCUGUCAUUCCUCCAGUCAGAAAAAGAUUUUCUGGCCUGUUCUAUUCUCGGUCUUAUUUCUAGAUUCGGAUUUAGGCUGCUAUCGAUCCAACAACAUUGCCCUUUUUCGCAUUGAAUGUUUGCCAAAGAAAAAGAGUUAUGUACUAAGAUUACAGUUUACUAAACCUUUCACUUUAAAAAAACUAUCUACAGUUGAGUCCCCGAGUCUUUACCCGUGCGUCAUCAUUUAAAGCAUACGAAAUAAGUCGGAAAUUAACUAAACGUAACAGCAAGUGACAGUAAGUAGGUAUUACUCCGAUCACGGGUUAUAGUAUAAAAUUUGACGUUAUCAAAUAAAUAAAAUGUCAAAUCUAAGUUUUGCUUUAAAAUUUUGGUGCAUAAUUACAGCUACAUUUGAAGUAGCUUAAUAAAUUAUUUUAUUAUCAUUGAUUAGUAAAUAAAUAAACAAUUUAUAAAAAAAUUCAAUAACAUAUUUUCUAUUUGUUAUUUUAUUCACUUUGGCGGAACAUUAAACACAAGCAUUCCUUAACUGUGUCAAUGAGGUUAGCUUUGUACGUUGUCAAAAUUAAUCGUAAAAUAACAUAAACUUACCAUAAAAUUUCAAACCCCAAUAUAAAAUUAGUUGUGAAAACAACUGUUUGUAUACUAUAAAAAACUUCAAAAUGCAAAAAUUCGACAAAAUAACAGCGCCAAAUUCAACAAACUGACAGCCACAAAAGUAAAUAAACCAAAACGUCAGAAAUUGUACUUAAAAUAUGUUAAAACAUCCCCAAUCGUCUUUUUAGUACCUAUCUCUUUUCAAUGUACUGAGUCUAGAUCGUUCAUAAAAAUAACAUGUGUUUUUACUUAAUAACAGGCGGUAGCUGGUUUGUCAUUAGUUUCAUGCGUGGAAGAGAAUGAUGCUAGAUAAAAAGUAUGUGUUUUAUCUCGCCAGGUAUUAAUGAUGCACGGGUAAAGACUCGUGGACUCAACUGUAGUAUUUAUUUUAUUAUUUUAUGCAUUUUAUUUCAAUAGUCUGAAUUUAUAUGAAUAUUUUAUUUAUGUAACAAUAAUACCAAAUAAAAAUUGUUUUUUUCAUACGAAUACAGAA